AAGCAAGCCGAAUUGUUAUAAAAUAAGAAUUCAGAAAGGAAAAUCAAACCAAACGGAAGAAAAAUAAGGUCAAUACUCAGCAACACCACCACCAGCACUCAAAAUCGAAGCCGAAAUCAGUCUCCGAAGAAAUUAAUCGGAGCUAAAGGAAUCGUCGGCGGCGAUGGACGUGAUAAAGACCCAGCAAAUCUCGGCGAGGCCGAUCGAGAAGGUCGUCGUUCACCCGCUGGUUCUGCUCAGCAUCGUCGACAACUACAACAGAGUUGCCAAGGACACUCGUAAACGCGUCGUCGGAGUCUUGCUCGGGAGUGCUUCUAAAGGAAUCGUCGACGUCAGCAACAGCUACGCUGUGCCAUUUGAGGAAGAUGAGAAGGAUCCCAGCAUCUGGUUUUUAGACCACAACUACCAUGAAUCGAUGUUUUCCAUGUUCAAGAGAAUUAAUGCAAAGGAGCAUGUUGUUGGGUGGUAUAGUACAGGUCCAAAAUUGAAAGAAAAUGAUCUUGACAUUCAUGGCUUGUUCUCUGACUACGUUCCAAAUCCUGUCCUAGUCAUAAUUGAUGUCCAGCCAGUAGAGCUUGGUAUUCCCACCAAGGCUUACUAUGCUGUGGAAGAAGUUAAAGAGAAUGCGACACAGAAAAGUCAGAAGGUAUUUGUGCAUGUGCAAUCCGAAAUUGCAGCUCAUGAGGUUGAGGAAAUUGGUGUGGAACACCUGCUUCGGGAUGUCAAGGACACAACUAUAAGCACUCUUGCAACCGAGGUCACCGGCAAACUUACUGCCUUGAAAGGGUUAGAUGCAAGGCUCAAAGAAAUAAGAGGUUAUCUUGACCUUGUUAUUGAUGGGAAGCUUCCUUUGAAUCAUGAGAUUCUGUACCAUUUGCAGGACGUAUUCAACCUACUUCCAAACCUCAACGUUUCUGAGUUGAUCAAGGCUUUUGCUGUGAAAGCAAACGACAUGAUGUUGGUAAUCUACCUCUCGUCCGUCAUUCGAAGCGUCAUAGCACUCCACAACUUGAUCAAUAACAAGUUGCUCAACAAAGAACAUGAGAAAGCUGAAGACUCAAAACCAGUGACCGUACCAACUGCCACCGGAAGCUAGAUACAGACGAUCAAGUUUGCUGUUGAAUUUCGACGUAAUAUUUGAUCUUCAUCCAUUGUCUUUGUGAUCGCCGGAGUAGAACAUUGAACGUUUCGAAGCUUUUUGCGAUGGUUGGAUGAUGGAUUGCGUAUGUCCAUCAAGGGAGGGUCCUCAGAAUUGAUCAAUCCACCACCGACUUUAUGUCCCUGAGUUUCCUUUUUAAACAAUUGUAGUAGGGUGUUUUGGCUUCUAUUAACCAUUUUAACGAUCAAACUUACCGUUGGCAGAAAAAGAUUAUCAGGCUGAACCAAAACGGACUCUUAACCUCUUCCUACUACAUGGUAGUACAUUAGAUUAG